AUGAUCAGGACUGGGGUGCUUCUACUCCUCACCGUGUUGCAUCUCACCCGGGGGCAAUCUGAUGAUUAUGCCCCAUAUUUCUACGACAAUGGCCCAGAGAGUUUCAAUGGCAACAUGGCUUUGUUCAGUAUCUCAGAAGACACCCCUGUGGGUACGUUGGUGUAUGUUCUGAAUGGCACAGACCCCGAGGGGGAUGAGGUGCGUUAUGACAUAACCUUUGAUAAGGGAUCCAAGGAGUACUUAACCGUCGACCCUAAGACAGGCAAUGUGACACUUGCCUCAGCGUUAGAUAGGGAGCAUCAAGAUGAGAUUUCAGCUCUUGUCAGUAUCACAGAUGGAAGGAAUAAGGUGGUGGAGAAAGUAAGAGUUUUCGUCACAGAUGCCAAUGAUGAAGCACCUGAGUUCCUCAACUUGCCAUUCAUAGUGGACGUAUAUGAGAAUGCUCCAGAGGGAACCAGUCUGUAUAGGGUCCAGGCGACGGACAGGGAUUUGGGAUCUGGAGGAAGUGUCUCCUACUUCCUACAGAAUGCCACCACAUCAAAGUUCAGCAUAGACAGCCACCAUGGGAUCUUGCGCAUAAAGGCGGGCGAGACGCUUGAUUAUGAAACCACCAGGACCCACUUCGUCACCGUGCUGGCUAAGGAUGGCGGCGGCAAGUAUAACGACAAGUACCACGUGAUGACGGCGAGCGCUACCAUCACCAUCAACGUCCUGGACUCCCAGGACACUCCGCCGUCGUUUGUGGGGACCCCGUACUUCGCCUACGUGUAUGAGGUCUCUGGGCCUGGUUCUGAGAUCUUCACGGUGUUAGCUAAAGAUGGAGAUGAAGGCAACCCUAAUCCCAUCCACUACUCCUUUGCCGACGAUAGUGGAGGACCCUUCUUUGGCAUAGACAGCACCACGGGGACCAUCAGUCUGCUGAGCCAACCAGUGGCAUUGAGGAACGAGCUUUAUGAACUCAACGUAAAGGCGGCUGAGCGCGGACUAGACAAUGUAGAGCUAGCUUAUGCCAUCACCAUGGUGACCAUCCGAGUGGUUGACCUGAACAAUCACCCGCCGACGUUCUACGGGGAAAACGGCCCACAGAGUCGCUUCGAGCUGACCAUGUACGAACACCCGCCAGAGGGAGAGAUCCUACGAGGCCUAAAAAUCACAGUCAAUGACUCAGACCAGGGAGCCAAUGCUAAGUUUAGACUAAGGCUAGUCGGCCCUGGGAAAAUCUUGCGAGUCGUCCCCCAGACGGUGCUCAACGAGGCGCAGGUCACCAUCAUCGUGGAGAACUCUACCGCCAUUGACUACGAGAGAUACCAGUUCAUCACAUUUAAGCUCCUGGCGGUUGAGAUCGACACCCCGGAGAAAUUCAGUGCCACCGCUGACAUCAUCAUCAACCUGCUGGACACCAACGACAACAUCCCCCACUUCUCCUCGGAGUUCUACAUCGCCAGAAUCCCCGAAAAUUCCCCCGGAGGAUCCAACGUCGUGGCUGUAACUGCUUCUGACCCUGACUCAGGGCUGUGGGGAGAAGUGAAGUACUCCAUCUAUGGAUCCGGAUCUGACCUGUUCCUCAUCCACCCCUCCUCGGGGAUCAUCUACACCCAGCCCUGGGCCGCGCUGGACGCCGAGGUGAAGUCCAAGUACAAUUUCUACGUGAAGGCAGAGGACACGGAAGGGAAGUACGCCCUGGCUGAGGUGUUUGUCACAGUGCUGGACUGCAAUGACCACCCUCCUUCGUUCCCUGACAACUUCAUGGAGAAGACCAUGGUCAUCGGGGCCCCAGUCAGAAUCGAGGCAGUGGAUGACGACGCCGAGCAGCCCAACAACGUGAUCGAGUACUCCAUCAUGAGAACCGACCCUGACAACAUCUUCGAGAUCAACAAGUCCACGGGCGAGAUCCACCUGAAGCCCUACAUCAAGUCCAUGGAGAUCGUGCAGAACAUCACCAAGCACAAAGACUGCAAGUGGUCCCUGGUGGUGCAGGCGCGGGACCGAGGGAAGCCGUCAUUCAGCACCACGGCAGUGAUCAAGAUCGAUAUCACUGAGGCGACGCCCCUCAAAGGGCCCCUGGCCACCUUUUUAAUGCAGGGUAGAGAAAGCCCCCUCAAAGCCCUAUGCAUGAUCACGGGUCUCGUUAGCAUUAUGGUUCUGUUGACGGUGGUGAUCUCCACCGCUAUGUACAUGCGCAACAACAAGUCCAACAGGAUAAUGCCGGUGCGCCGCAUCAUCCGCAAGAGGCGGGACCCGCCGUGUCCGGCCUUCAACUUCAGGGCCCUGUUCAUGCGGCAAACCAUCACCGAGGACGACUACGACGACGGCAGCACAGAGGGCGACCCCGAGGAGGGGCCCAAACCGCCCAAACCUCCCAAACCGCCGUGCGCGCCCAGACUCCCUGUGCCGCCCCCUCCGGCGGCCGCCACCUACAGACCGUCCCACGAGAGGCAGUGGCCCGUGCCCACCAUAUCCGGCACCCUGGCGACCAGGGGCUCCAGGAGGUCAAGGCAUGGAGGAGGAGGAGGAGGAGGAGGAGGAGGAGGAAACGAGGCCAGCAACGCACUGGUGUCGGAGCUGAAGAUGAGACUGGAGCAGAAGAUAAAGGAAGCCAAUAAAGGAGGCUACUACUACUGA